CGCCAUGGCGGUGUUUCCGGCGCGGGGCUGCGCGGCGCCGUGCGCGGGGGGCGGGCGGCCCGGGGGAGCCGGCCCGCGCCGCUGAGAGGCUCCCGGCGCCGCUCCCCAGGGCCGCGCCCCGCCCCCGGCCCGGCCCCAGCGCCGCCGCCGGUGGUGCCCGCUCGGGCCGCGGCUCCGGCCCCGCCGUGGCAGCGGCAUGGCCGGCGGGCGGGGGGGCGGCCUGCGCGCCGCCCUGCUGCUGCUGCUGCUCGCCGCCGGCCAGCCGGCGCUCGCAGUAUCAUUUUAUGGUGAUAGUUUUGUGGAGUUGAACAUGGCAGAAGCAUCCUCUCGAACAUCCUUACAGUUGCGGUUUCGAACAAGCAAGCCACAUGGACUGCUUUUCCUUGCAGCUGGGAAGAAGGAUUAUUGUUUGAUGGAGCUACGCUCAGGAAAUUUACGGUUGAGAAUUAACUUUGGAGUGGGGGAACAAGUACUGCAUUCUCAGCAAAGUUCUCAACUGAAUGAUUUAGCUUGGCACCUGGUUGAACUACAUCAUGAACAUGAUAAUGUCACACUGGUAAUUGAUAAACAUGACAGAACUAGUGCAAGAAUGCCUGGAAUUCUGCAUGAACUAAAUAUUGAUCAUGGAUUCUACAUAGGUGGUGCUAGUAAACUUGAUGUUCCUUACCUUGAUGGAGCACUGCCCAGUUUCCGAGGAUGUAUUGAUGAUGUGACAUUUAAUCAGCUACACAUUCUGAUGCCCCUGAGACCUUCUCCUGGCUUUAAAAAUGUCCGUGAAGUUUCAGUGGGAUGCAGUGAUGAAUUCUUUGCAGGCGAAGAUGAACCCAUCAGUUUCUUCAGUUCCAGAUCUUAUGUUUCUUUCCCAUUGUGGAACACUGAUGAAGAAGGAAUUUUGGAGUACACGCUACAGACUUCAACUCCACGUGGCCUGCUGCUUUAUCAUCCUGGACAAGCAGGAGAUUUCAUUGCAAUGGAAAUGGAAGGUGGAUUAAUUAAGACCUAUAUUGGAAACCAUAAAAGUAGAACGCAGCUUUCCUCUCGUAAGUCAGUCAAUGAUAGUCAUUGGCACUACAUUGAACUGAAAUUUACUGCAGAAUAUGUGCAGCUGACACUGGAUGAAGAAACUGUGAAAACAUCACUGCCUCCCCAUGGCAGGUUGCCACUUCUGAAGGGGCCUCUCUUUGUAGGUGGUGUAGAUGACAGCACACGAUCAGAAGUGGUUAAGUUAGAACUAGCCUCAGUGUCUGGGAAGUAUGCCAGAGGAGGGUCCUUCAAAGGUUGCUUGAGAGACCUGAAAGCCAAUUCAGAAAAAAAAUCAUUGAAGAAUGUUCUGGUUACAAAGGAUAUUUCAGCUGGAUGUGAAAUGGAGAACGCUUUUAAUACAAAUCCUUCUUUAAAGACAGCAGUAAGGAAUCCUACUGUGAAAGCAGCUCCAACAUUUGUCAUCUCCCGUGAAAGCUCCCCCUCCCUGGGCAAGGAAGAUAAAAGUCACCUUUUAGUUCUAAAUAACUUGAUUGUGCUAGAGGGUGGACAAGCUUCACUCGAAUCUAAGCAUAUUAUAGUCAGCUUAGACUUUCAGAAACUAGGGAUUCAUCAAUCAGAAAUUCUUUUUGAAAUAAAAGAACCACCCAGUCAUGGGGACUUGAAAUUAGAUGUUGAACCAGUGGAGGAGGUGAAUGCAUUUACAAUGCAGGACCUGUGGCAAGGAAAGAUUCUUUACGUCCAUGAUGGCUCUGAGGACACUUACGAUUAUUUUACUUUCUCCAUUUCUACCAGCAGUGAAAAGGUUGUGCCUCCAUAUUUGCAAGGAAAUGAGCAGCAUGUGUUUAACGUUACUGUCACUCCAGUAGAUGAUGCUCCUGAGAUCACACUUCCUGAGGGAAACUUACUACUUCUGUUGGAAAACUCAAAGAAACGCUUGACUGGUGAGCUAAUAAAAGUUUUAGAUAGGGAUACAGAUCCUGUGAGUCUCAGUCUUUCAGUGCUUGGAAAUCUGAAUGCAGGUGCAGGAUUUUUAGAACAUUCAGAACAUCCUGGAAGAGCUAUUACUACUUUUUCUAAUGAGGACUUAAGAAAAGGCAGUAUUUUCUUUGUCCACACAGGUGUCAAGAACUCAAGGAUUGUUCUGAGGGCGAGUGAUGGUGAGAAAGUGAGCAAUACUGUUGUAUUACGUGUCAUGGCAGUUCCUUUGGAUUACAAAGUUGUCAACAACUCAGGAAUAAAACUACUCCAAGGUGUUACAGCUCUGAUCACACCUAGGCAUUUGGCAGUUGAGACAAAUGCUGUCCUACAGGAGCUGGAGAUACGGUAUGAGAUCACAGAGACACCCCAGUUUGGGGAAGUCCAGAGGCAGCAUUCAAGAGGGGAAUGGAAGCAAGUCAGCUCUUUUUCUCAACGCUCUGUUCAGCGCGGCCGUGUGAGAUACUGUAGCACUUUUAAAGAAAUUCAGCUGGAAAAUGUUACUGAACAAUUUAAAUUCAAGGUUAGCAUAGGAAACAGAAUCAGUGAAGAGUAUGUGUUUCCAAUCAAAGUGGAAUGGUUAAGGUACCGUUUAUUGAAACAUACUCCUCUAGAAAUUGAAAAAUCAAAAAAGAAAUACUUGAAUUCAGAUAAUCUUUAUGCUGUGCUUGUGGAUUUAGAAGUACCUGAAGAUGAGCUUCGUUUUAAGUUGCUGUCCCUACCAAAGAAAGGACAAAUACUGCUUAAUGACCAGCCUUUGAAAAAAGAUUCAGCCUUUAGCCAGAAAGACAUUACUGAUCAAAAAGUGGCAUACGAAUUAAUCAGCAGGCAUCAUGAAGACACCCAGGAUUCAUUUAGAUUCCUCAUUUCUACAAAAUAUCUGGAAUCAAGUUUCUAUGAAUUCAAAGUCAACAUCAAAUCAGAUAUUGGAAGCAUUAUUUUGACUAACAAUGGCUUGACUGUUACUGAAGGUGAAGGAGAAUUCAUAACAAGCACAGAAUUGUUUGUGCAAACGCUGGAUAAUAAAACUUUCCAAUAUAAAGUUAUAAAGUUUCCUAAGCAUGGGAAAUUAAAACUCAUUAAUUUUUCAGGUUCGUUUGAGAGUAGCAAUAAUCUCACCACUUUCACUAACAAAGAUAUAGUUGAUAAGCACCUUAUGUAUGUGCAUGAUGACUCUGAGACAGUUUUUGAUGAAUUUCUUGUCAGAGCUUCCAGUGAAGAAUCAGAAGAGUGGACGAACUCUGAUCCAGAAGUAAGAGCUUUGUCAGUAGAAAUUAGCUUCAAUAUUUCUGUCCAGCUGAAGAAUGAUGAGAAACCAGUACGUGUAGUUGAUAAAGUAUUUGACGUAGUGAAAAAUGGGCAGCGAUUAUUAACUUUGGCAGAUCUCUGCUAUCAUGAUCCUGAUUCUGAUUUUGAUGAUGGACAGUUGCUGUAUACUAGACGUGGCAUUUCCAAUGGGGACUUAGUGCUAACAAAUGAUACCUUUCAUAAACUCUAUCAGUUCAAACAAGAGGACCUGGAACAAAAGCAAGUCCUGUUUAUACACCGUGGUGCAGAUUUUGGGCGUUUUGUGCUCUUCGUGACAGACGGCAAGCACUAUACAUCUUUGCUUCUGGAAGUUAGUGCUGCAGAUCCCUAUGUUAGGCUGGCAAAUAAUACAGGCUUGUUGGUUCAGAAAGGAAAAGAGGAAACUAUUACAACAGCUAACCUAAGUGCUGUUACAAACCAAGACAUUAGAAGUGAUCACGAGAUUACAUAUGAGAUAUUCUCUUUCCCAAAAUAUGGAAGAAUAUAUGUAAAUAAUCUGUCGAUGGAUUCCUUUACUCAAGUUGAUCUGAUAGAGGGGUGUGUGACGUACAGGCAUGAUGACAGCAACAACCUUACUGACACAUUUAACUUUACAGUCCAUGCUAAAGAUGUCCAUCUGGAUGCUGGAGUGCAUGUUCGCAUAUAUUUGGAAAGUCAUCAGUGGCCACCAAGGAUUGUGAACAGUAACAAUCUCUUAGUUGAAGAAGGAAAACCAGUUAAAAUCAGUAAGGGAAAACUGCAAGUUGUUCACGAAAACAGUUCUCCAUCGGAGAUUGUGUUCACAGUAAGAGAGCUUCCAGUACAUGGAUACAUUCGGAAGUUUUCAUCAGAAAAAAACUAUGUCGGUUCUGACCAAAAGCCAGUUUUGACGUUCACACAGCAAGAUGUCGAUGAGGGCAACGUUCAGUAUGUGCAGACAGUUUCUGACCAACUAAAUGAUCAUUUUUCUUUGGACGUGACCAAUGGUGUUCGAGCAGUGAGUGGAAUAGGGAUCUCCGUAGACAUCAUCCCCAGAGUGAUUCCACUGGACGUACAGAACUUCACAGUACUGGAAGGGGGUUCGAAAGCCCUGCUGGAAGACUAUCUCAAAAUUUCUAGUAGACACUUUGCAGGACUCAGCUGUGAAUUUAUUUUAAUUGAGCAGCCAAAGCAUGGGUAUCUUGAAAACACUCGUGUUCCUGGAGUAGUGUUAACCAAAUUUACCAGAAAACAGGUUGAACAAGAACUAAUAUACUAUGUUCAUGAUGACAGUGAGGAACUGACAGACAAUUUUACUGUGAUAGUAAAUAACACAGAACUUUGGAAACAAAGUUUGCCCCAAACUGUAUUUGUAACUGUUAUUGCAGUAAAUGAUGAAGCUCCUGUUAUAAAAGUUAACAAAAUUCUUCAGGUCUGGGUGGGUUCAGUCACAGAAAUAACUGUUGACGACCUCUGUGCAGAAGACAAGGACUCCUCACCAUCCGAACUGAUAUACACCCUUACUACACCUAGCAAUGGGCACUUGGCUCUGAAGUCCUCUCCAAACAACAGCAUCCUUAAUUUUACUCAGGCUCAUAUAAUAGAAGGGCAGCUGGUAUUUGUGCACAGUGGAGCAAUGUCUGGAGGCUUCAGCUUUCAGGUUACAGAUGGUUUGAACUUUGCACCUCGACAGAUUUUUAGCAUCACAGCUCGGACUCUAAUAGUUAGCCUAGAGGUGAACAAAGGCCUUGGAGUCUUUCCAGGUUCCAGGAAACCUAUUUCACGACGUGAUCUGAAAGCUGUGACCAAUGAUGUGACCAAUGCAGGAAACAGAACUAUAACUUUUAUGAUUGUAACUUCCCCAAAACUUGGAAGGCUGAUCAGAGUAAAUUCUGACAAUACCACUCAGGAAAUCCUCAGUUUUACACAGUCUAUGGUGGAUGAAGGUGUGAUCAUGUAUGAGCACUUACAAGCUGAGGCAGCUGACUGGAGUGCAGAAGAUUACUUUACUUUUACUGUCUCCUCUCCACCAUCAGCCCUGGACCUCCAGGUGUUCCUUAUUGACAUUUCAUACGGAAUUACCAGGCAUGAUCGGAACAGUCGUCUUCUAGCAAACACAGGUGCCAUUGUUCAGGAAGGAGGUAAAGUCUUAAUCAACAAAACAAAUUUAGAUGCUUCAAAUCUACUGAUUAAGUUACCUGAGGUACAACGCUCCAUGUAUGAAAUCUGGUAUCAAGUUGUAUCUUUGCCCCGAUGUGGCAUGAUUAUUGUUGGAGAAAGAAACGUUACCAAAGAGAAACCUAACUUCUCGCAAUACAUACUGAACAAGUUUGGAAUUGUGUACGUACAUGAUAAUUCUGAAUCACUCACCGACAAUUUCACUUUUGCUGUUUGGUUAAACCUAAAGAGCAAAUCUGCUACAAAGCCCCAUGGCGAAGUUUUAGAGGAGAUGUUUAAUAUCACUGUUGUUCCAGUGAAUGACCAAGCUCCGGAACUGAAGACUAAAAGGCUGCACUUGAAAGUCCUGCAGGGAGAUGUGGCAGUGUUGGGGUCAGAGAAUCUGAAAGCUGAAGACCUAGAUAACCCCCCAACUGAGCUCAAAUACACUGUUAUUAGCAAUCCUAAUAAUGGUUAUUUAGCAAUGAAGAGCAAUCUCAGUGUCUCCAUACAGGAUUUCACACAAGCUGAUGUUGACAGUGGCAGAAUUUGUUUUGUACAGGAUGGAAGUUCAUCCUCUGGAGUGUUUUAUUUCAGUGUAACUGAUGGUAAACAUCGCCCUUUAUACAAACUUUUCAGUCUUGAAGUCAUACCAAUUACUCUUGUCCUGGUAAAUCAUACCAAUGUUGCACUUCCACAAGGCCAGACAUCUGUCACUAUUACUAAUGUUCAUCUAGCAGCCAUCACAAAUGGAAGAAGCAGUAACAUCAUGUAUGAAAUAACUCAGCCCCUCAAAUAUGGGCACCUAAUGAUUGGAAAUGAGCAGGUUACUAAAUUUGAGCAGGCAGAUUUGUACUCAGAAAGGCUGUCUUACCGCCUGGCAAAUCUCACUGCAUUCAAAGAAGUACUGGAGUUUAUGCUGUUCACUGCAGAAGGUAAUCUGACAGGACAAGUGCUGAACAUCACAAUGAAGCCUUUAGUGCAAGUUGCUGCUGACAUGCAAAUUUCAAAUCGAGCAGUUUAUAAAUUCAGAAGCAGUGACCUGAAUGCUUCUGAGCUAGCUAAUUUGACAAACAGUAAUCCUAGAUUUGAAGUGAUAGUGCCCCCAUGUCAUGGAAGAAUCAUAAAGAGGAGGCUCAGGAAUGAUGCAGUGUUUGAAGAUGCUCAGACAUUCACCCAGACUGACAUAGAUAGUGGUGUUGUGUUCCUAGACAUAGAUACAAAUAUGACAGGCAUUGAUCUUUUAAAUGACUCGUUCACUUUUAUACUCAGGGCAGAUGAUGUGCAGCCUGCUGUCGGCUGUUUUCAGUACUCCAUAGUGCCAUAUGAUCCCCUGCUUGUGCAGCGUUUUACAACUGAAGUGCCUUUUUUAACCAGCGCAACCACUUUAAAGAUUCUCACUACCUCAAAGGAUGAGGCACCGGUUUUCUCCCACAAUGAUGAACCUGCAGUAGCAGCAUGGAGGACUGCACCAACCAUGUGGCAAGGUCAAAAUCGCUGGGGAGAUAUACACAAGGAAGGUCCGCUGCUUAAUCUGGCAGUGGGAACAAGUGGAUCUACAGAGGCUGAGAGCACAAUCCAAGCCAGUGCCAGGAGUCCCAGAAAGCAACCGAGUGAAAGCAGCAAUCCCUGGUACAUCAUUAUCCCCCUGGUCUUGGUGUCUGUGUUACUCAUUAUUGCUGUUAUUUCUGUGUGCAUUUUGUUAAUGUGUCAGAAAAAAGAGAAGGCAAAACCACCUGUCAGAAGUCAAAUGGAUGCAAUCCUCAGUAGUCCAGGUCAUGGUCUGGAACGGAGCUUGACGGUACCGACGGUUACAGUGACCCCUCUCCUGAAGGGGGUUGAGAGAAGUACAGCCACAGCGUUCACACCAGUAAGACGUGAACAGCUGCUUCCUGCGGUAGUUUCUCCGCCUGUAAAACAGUCUUUGCAAAAGAGCUGGUUAAACCUUGAUCCUGAAAUGAUCCAGUAUUGUCGAAAAACAAACCCAACUUUGAAGCGCAAUCAAUAUUGGGUGUAGUUUGUGGCCCGUUUUGGUCAUGUGAAUAAGUGUAGAAGGGAAAGGAGGGUAUAUAUUAUUUGACAUAUGAUUUACUUUUUAUUGUGCUUAUUUAUUAUUAGUCGAAUGAUGCACUGUUUGUUAGCUGAAAUCCAAGUAACUGUGAAAUCAAAAAAUCCUAUUGAUUACAGUGGCUUUAAAAUCAAUUUCCAAUUGUUAUUUAAGCAGAGUUCCCAUUGAAUUCAGUGCAGAAUUUGGUCCCAUAGAUUUUAAGCAUACCCUGUGUAUGCAGUAUUUUUUAUUUCCCAUGACAGGGAUAAACUAGAAUUUUCCAUCAUGGAUUAUGUAUUUUUAAUAUAAUUACUUUUUUGAAGAACCAGAUUUGCUAUAAAGGUCUGGUAUUCUGUCCUGCAGCAGCACUUCUAUUUAAAAAACUUGCCACUGUUUUUCUAAGUAAUGCCAUUUUGACCUAAAGGCUGUUCAAAGGCCAGAACUAAAGAAACAAAGGUGUGAUUAUUUUGACAGAUACUCAUCUGGGUCACUGAACUAGAAAUCUAUGCAAUGACACUACAGUAAUGACAGAUAAAGGAUUGUGGUAAAACACUGUUACUGUGAGCCGUUGUUUGUUUUUCUGAGGGUUUUUUUUCCCCGUCUUUAUUAUUGAACUCUAACCUUUAAUGUCUGCAGACUGGUAAAAUGCAUCCAUGACCUCUAAUCCACAUGGCAAAAAGCAUGUAUCUGCUAGUCAGCCCGUCUGCGGAAUUAUCUUUGGGCUUAGGUUAUGUCUGGAAGUAUGUAUCAAAUUUCCUGCUGCUGACUAAGGGCUGGAUUCUGCCUUCGAUGGAGCAGACGCAGCUCUCUGGAGUCUGGGAGUUCAAGCAGAUGACAGUAGGACUGAGUCCUCUUCUGCACGCUAGCACCUACUGUGGAGCUGCUGGCAGAAAAAGUCCUGUGAGAAGGUAAAUGCUCUGUUCUGCAGUUACUCCAUUUACCUUUCUUGUCAGAGAACUCUGAUCACGUGUGCCUUACACACUGUGACAAAUACUGCUACUCUAAUUUUAGCUCUGUUGGUAAAUUGUGCAAUAAUUUCUCUGUAAGGGGAAUGUUUCGGUUUGUAAGCAAACCCAAGCUCAAUAGCAAUGUGCAGUCUCCUGUUAAGGUCCAGGCUUCCCUCCGUUGAAGACAACAGCAAAAUUCUUGUUGACUUUAGAGGGAAUGAAUUGACUUCAGGGGAAUGGUGCUGUGAUCAUAACCAGUCUUUUACUAAACAGUGAAUUUUGAUCUAUUUUUCUAAUUAGCUUUUCUGUAAAAACAUUGUACUCGGGGUCAGGAUCCCACAGUACUGCUCUGAGUGAACACUGGAAUAAUGUUUUUGUUUGAGCCCAAGUACUGCUAUUUUCACUUUUAUAGAAAGGAUGUAUGUGCCUGAGCAUCCUUGGUGCUAUUCAUCUCACAAUACUUUGUUCUGGGUAAUUAUUUUUGUUAUUGGUGAUAUUUAGCUGUGAUUUUGCUAUUUACUCAUUUCAAUUAUGGGGAGUUUUCACCAGUGAGGAUGGCCAGAUUAAGUCUCUGCUUAUUGCUUUGUCUUGGGAACUAAAUUCCGCAGCAGUGAGGGCAGUUUUACUAAUCUUUAUCACCUCUGCCAUGGUCUGCCUUAAUUGUGGUGCAUUUUGAAGCAAUGUGUUGUUCAGAGCCCACUUCCAAGGAAGAGUUCAGUGUUAGCAUAAAAUAUUCAGUUGAUGGAGUUAGUGGAGUACUAGUGACUAAAUAUAUGAACGCUCUAUAUCCUCAGACUAAAAUGUAUUUGAACAUUAAAACACAAUUUUUAUUUACCUAUAAUUAUCGUUUUUCCCUGACGGCAGUGUAAGCAGGCUUGAACUCACCCAGCACCAUCAUAGUAGAAGGCUGGGAUGUUCCAGUGUCCCAGAAAAGCUGCUGUAGACCUGUAUUACAGAUCUUUGUCUGCUUUCCCAAAGAAAAUCUUUGGAACUGUUUUUAGAAACUCAUCUGGAGAGGUGGUGCUGCCAGCCAGAGCAGGGUCAGUCCAGCGUCCUUGUGCAGGCGCAGUUUUACGUUUCCUGCGGUUUCCUGGGACCUUUUCUCCUCAUGCCAAGCAAACAGGAGCUUCCUCCAAAGGCCAGCUGUCAGCAGAGGAUUCACUACAUCCUGCCUCUGAUGCCUUCUAGCUGGAGCAGGAAUCUUAUCCCUUCACACCUCCUGCAAGACUCGCUACAAGGAGGAGUAAAGAAUUAUAAUCCAACACUUUCCUGACACUUGGAGAGGCUUGUCGCACAUUUCCCAACACUGUGACCUUCCUGUCAACAGUGAAAGAGAUGUUAUACUUUGAUACCUCCAUGAGACCAAGUUAUAUGCCACCAAUCUAGUGCCAAAACGUUGCGAUACUGAAACCCGCUGGCAUCUAGUGAAGAAAUCCCCACUGAGGAUGCCCUGACAGGUUGAAUAGAAAAUGUAGAUGCAAAAUGUGUGUUUAAUGAGACUUUGCUGAACAAGCAUCAUCGUAAAGACAGGUAAAGUUUAGCUGUUCAGUGUGCACUGGCGAUGGAACAUAGCACCGCUCUAAUACUGAUGAUGGUAAAAAGUAAAAUCAGGACAUAAUCUUGAAUGAGUCAGAAACACCAGCAAUACAAUUAGAACUCCAGGAUUGAAUGGAGCUAUUUGUACACUAUGAGCAAGAAAUCAUACAUGAAAAAUACAGUAAAAGUAGUAAUUCUACAGAAUUAGUACUGGCUUUUUUCUGAUUCAAAUACAGUGGGUUGAACUCUUGUUCUGUUUUCAAAAUGCUUUUGGCUGACAGAUUUUUCAUUUCAAGUAGAUCAGGCAUUAUAGAAUUGUAUUUUGAGUGCUGUUCUCAAUUUAUAAAGUGUCGGGUUUUUUGUUUUUUUAAUAAAAACAAUCUGAUUCACCUAAUUCAUCUGUGAAGUAUGCCAGCAUUCGGUCUUCUCUCUCAGUUGGUGCUGCUGUGAUAUAAUUGUUUGUACCAAAAUACCUGCUGUCUUAUGGGAACAUUCUGGUGAGAACCAUAUAUGGAAAAGUAUGUUAUAUCAGUGAUUACUGAGUUUCAUAUGAAAUGCAGAAGUAAAAAUGUAAUUGAUAACUCAUGAUGGAUUUUACUUCAAUAGCCUGUCCUGAAUUCCCAUUAAAAAAAUCCGAUUGCCUUAAUCUAAGCUCUUCCUAUUGACAGUACAGAAAAACAGUUUCCGGCAGAGGAUGGUUCAUCUUGUUCUUACGUAGAUAUUUGUACAUAUGAGAUGAACAGUGCUUCUGAGGCACCUGUCUUUUUUUGUUGACCUAAGAGGAGCUGAGGUGACUCCCUCAGACUAUCCAACUUUUAGACAGCCAAUACAAAGUGAGAUGAAUCUUGUCUUGGGUUUCACAAAUAGCAACGAGUAUAGAAAAUCCCCAAGAAAGCACACAUUUUGUACUUACGGAUUCUCAGCCUGAUUCCAGGAGCAAACAUAGUUUAUGGUCAGGAUCUGGUUUGAAUUUUUGGUUGUUUCACUUAACUUUGCAGGUGUGUGUUUUAUUUCAGAAAGAUGGGGUUUUUGAAGGAUUCCUUUUCCUACCAAAUGGAAUUCAAAACUGCAGUGUGAGAGUGCCUUGAAAACAUAUAAUGCCUAAAAACAAUAAAAUGUUUUGUUUAUAAACAACACACUAAUAUUUUUGUGUUUUCUUUAAAGACUGUCUCUAAAGUACUGCAGUGCAGACGCACAGCAGAUUCCUGUUGCCAAUAAAAAUGUUCUAUCCAGUC